AUGCCAUCUCAAAAACCCAAAUUGCAUAUACCGAUAAACGAAAAAACAUCCUCAUUCUUCUCAUCUCCUUAUAACUCAAAGUCAAACCUCUCACGACUUUCACCGAUAGCUGAUUCGCCAACGGUAGGAUCGAGUACAGGAACCGGUUCAGAAACGGACGGAGUGGAUUCACACACUCCCCUUCUACCUCCAACACCAGGUAUGGUCGAACAUGGCAGUUAUCCCUUCCCUGCGAGUCAUAAUGGGAGACUCGCAAGGCUGAAGAUUUUAUUGAGGAAGAAUCUAUUCACGGGAAUAAUGAGAAGGGUGAUGCUCCUUGUGAUACUGGUGUUAUUGUCCGGAUUAGCUCUACAUCACAGCGGUGCGAGCCCCUUGACUCUAUCCUCAAAAGGAUAUCCAUCUUCAGAUAGUUCACGGUCUUCGGACGGCUCAUCGUACAUAAAUAAAUCUAAAAAGCCUUUCAAAGUCCCUUUCCGGCUUUCAACGCCCUCAGGGAUCAAGCACAAGUCCAUAUACUCGGAUGCCAAAGCUCAAGGUAAAAGGGUGAUUGACAUCGCUUCGGACUCUUUACCGGUGUCUGCCACCCUGAGGGAAAGAUUAGAUGCCUGGAGGGACGCUCCUGGUGGACGAGGUGAGAUAGAAGGUGAAGUAGAACAUGGUGGAUUUGUUCAAUGGAAUUUGGAGCAAUGUGAUACGAUUCAUGAACAACACAAUACUCAUAUGAUCCAGCAUUCAGCAAACGUAUGGGCAUCAGUCAAUCGAACUAGCCUUCAUCAAUAUAGGAUGGAGUUGAUAGAUCAUAUGGAAGGUGUAUUGGCUAGUGGAGUCAUUGAUAACUACGGUAGUGGAAGAGGUAUAGUGAUGGUUGCUGGAAAUGCAGAUACAUUGCAAAGGGUCAAAUGGAGUUUAGGUAUGCUGAGAGACUACGGCUCGGAAUUACCUGUACAAAUAUAUCAUUUCCCUAGCGAAAGACCAGGUGACGACGAUCCCAUACGAGCAGAACUCAAAGUAUUGGGUGCAGAACUAGUUGAGGCUGCUGGUCAAACCAAGGACGCAGGCAAGAAUAAAUCGUACCAUCUGAAAGCACUUGCAGUUGUGCAAGCUCCAUUCAGAGAGGUACUUUACCUGGAUUCUGACUCGAUACCCACCCGUGAUCCCGCAUAUAUGUUUGAUGCGCCAAAUUAUCGCAGACUGGGCAUAUGGGCUACACCAGAUUAUUGGAAGACUUCUGCAAAUAACCCUAUAUGGUCAAUAAUGGGUGUCAAAUGCAGGAACGAAUGGGAAAUGGAGACUGGUCAAAUGUUCAUUGACAAGAAACUGCAUUUGGACGUUUUUCUAUUGAUUAAAUAUAUGCUAGAAAACCAUGAAUUUUGGUUCUACUUCUCUGAUGGUGAUAAAGAUAUUUUCAGAUGGGCCUUGCUUGCUUUGAGAAAACGAUGGGCGGUACCUGGAAGAUGGGUUGGUGCAGCUGCCUUGCCUAGAGGAACUGCGUCUGGAGAAUUUUGCGCACAUACAAUGUUACAGCACGAUUCGUGGGGUGAACCAUUAUUCGUCCACUACAAUCUACUCAAGCAGAUUCCAUCUGGAGUAGGAAGAGGUUUCUCAUGGGGUCGAACAAAACAAUUACCUCUAUUUAAUACUUGGCCAGCGACUCCCGCCACAGCAAGACUAGAUGAACCGGAACAUAAACCUGGCGACGAUAACAAACCAGGUCUAGGCGAUAUCGAUUGUGACAUGCUGGCGGAUGCUCGUGAAGAUGGUACUGCUAGAAAAGAAGCCAAAGAGAUGGUCAUGCGAAGGGCCGCCAGAGAAAGAGGAGUCAAAGUCAAGUAUCAUGGUGGAUGGAUUUCCGCUCUUUGUAUCGAUCUUGACUACAUUGAUCCCCGACCAGAAAACCGUAAAGAAGCAGAUUAUAAGCGUAAAGCAAUUGCUGAAGAAGCUGCAAAGCUUGCGAAACCGGAAGAUUCCAAUGGUGGAACCUCUGACGCCCAAAGCGAAGAAGAGUUCGUCGGAGUGGUGUAUCCGGAUUGGGAGCAGAGUCCCAUCGAAGUAGUACAAUGGAAUGACGAUGAGCAUCUGAGAGAUUUCGAAAGGAAGAUAUACGAUUUAGGAUUCAAGCCUAGUGGACCUGGUUUUUGA